AUGAAGGCGAUAACAGUUUUAUUAGUUUACCUUGCAUUUGCUUCUGCAUUGCCUCGGCAGGAGAGAAUAGUUGGUGGAACGACUGUCAGCAUCAACACGUACCCGUUCUCAGCAGUUCUUUUGAUCACAUCUGGCGUCAUGAACCGAUUGCGCCAAAAUUGCGGUGGUAGCAUUAUUAACAACAGAUCUGUCUUGACUGCUGCUCAUUGUAUACAACAUGGCAAUUUGAAUACUCAUCGUGUUCGCUCCGGAUCUUCCAAUGCCAGCAGCGGUGGUAGACUUCACGAUAUUUCUUCCCGCCUCGUCCACCCUCAUUACAACCAAGGCACAUUGAACAACGACAUCGGCAUGUUUAGAGUGUCAUCGGCCUUCCAAUUCGGACCCACAGUACGAGCUGCAGCAAUCAUUGGACAAAACGCAAUUAUUCCUGACAACGCACUUGUUUGGGCUAUCGGAUGGGGAUGGACGUCUCACGGUGGAAAUAAUCCAUCUGAGCAACUACGUCACGUGCAAAUUCGGACGACCCCAGUAGCUCGAUGCCAAAGAGCUUACACUGGUUUCACCAUUACCGCGGCCAUGAUAUGUGCCGCCUGGGAUACGCAUGGUCGCGGUUCAUGCCAAGGAGACUCCGGUUCGCCUCUUAUCCACAAUAACGUUGUUGUAGGCGCUACCAGUUUUGGUAUGCGAUGUGCUGAUCCAAACUAUCCUACAGUGUACGCCAGGGUGGCUCACUUCACUAACUGGAUAAGAACCAAUGCUUGA